AUGGAUCCCAAAUUAUUAAUGCCAUUUCGUUACGGUAUGUGUAUUUUAUUGUUUAUAUUUUUUAAUUUUAGUUUUUAACCAUCUCCUCACAAUCUCAUCCAAUUAUUUCAAUUAUCUACUUUUUAUUUUUAAUUUCCUUUUUGUAUUAAUACUGAUGUAGUAUAAGUUGUUGAAUUGUGAUGAAUGUUAAGUCAUGUUUAAUCAUAAAUUUAACCACAGGAUAUACAUAAAGGGUGAACAAAUAAUGUAAGAGCGGGCCUUUCAGGAUUUCAUGUCUCUGCACUACAUUUGUCAAACUCAAACAUUGUUUUACACUUAUAAGUUAUUAUUUUCUAGGCUGGAAAAGAGAGGUGGUGAAUAGGAACGAAAACACAGGAGUCGAUGUAUACUACCACACACCAGAUUAUAAAAAGCUACGAUCAACACGUGAAGUACUUAAUUAUUUGAAUUUAAAGCAACGAACCCGAUUAAAAAUAAACAAUUUCACGUUUAAGAGAAAACCUCUAGGUUUACCAAAAUCAAAAGAAAUAUGCAGAACUGCCCGUACCAGUAAAGUAAGAUACGUUGUUGACCAUUUAAUCGAAUGUUAUUAAUUUUCAUUUAUAUAUAUGGUAAUGUGGUUUUAGAAAGUUGAAAAAAAACAAGAUAGAGCUCCCAUUGAUAAAAAUAAAAAUAGAAGACCUCCAAGAUUACCAAAUACAAAAGAAAUAUGCAGACCUGCCAGUACCAGUAAAGUAAGACGUGUUAUUGAUCAUUUAAAUGAAUGUUCAUUUAUACAUAUUGUAAUGUGUUUUUAGAAAGUUGAAAAAAAACAACAAAGAGCUCCUAAUGAUAAAAAAAAAAAACAGAAACAAACUAAGCAGUUAGAUAUUAAGGAAGAAAAUCAAACUAAAGUACAAUCAGUAAGAAAUUUUGUCUACUAUCCUCUACUACAAGUACUGCAAAAAACUCCAGAAUUGGAUGACAUUUGUUCAUUUGAAACAUUUAUGUUCCAUGAGUGUAAAGGUCGUAGAUUUCAAUUUAAAAAGGGAUCAGAUAUAGACAACCAGGCCACCAUAGCCUUUAUAAAUGAUUUAAGAACAAACUAUGGAGUUAAAUAUGGAGGAAGAACAUGA